ACUUGUGUAAUGAUUUCCUCCAUGAUCGUGAUGGUCGCAAAUGAUUGCAUACUGUGCUGUAAUUGGCUUUUGCAGUUGUACAGCUCUCCUCUGCUUUUAGCCACUCAAUCGACCACUUUGGUCACUUCUUCUCUUUAUCAGUACUCCCUCUUACAAAUGCUUAGCCCUUCACCUCCUCAAUAACACGGCUUAUUUCAGUCCAUUUCAUGUUUUUUAUUGUUUCUUCCUGUCAAAGUUCAGAUCCAGAUGCAUGGCAUCUACUUCUGCUUCUAGUUGUAAUACUGGAUGUCAACAUGAGAAUGAGCAUACAAAUGCAUCUGAAGGAAUUGUUUCAUCUCCAUCUACUUCUGUUACACCCUCAGUGGAAACCCUGUCUUCAUCCUAUUUUAGCUGGUUUUCUUUCUUACUUUCUCUCUGUUCAACUAAAUCCCUUCUGUGCCUGUUAGAUCUACCUCUAGUACUCGGGUUAGACAUGAUUGUCAGGGGAUCUCACCGUCUUCAUCCACCACACAUGCUUUUGAACAAGUUACACCAUCUCCUUCUACUUCUGGUAGAUCCACAAUGCCAGAGAGAAAGCUGCCCUAUGAUAUAUUUAUUAAUCAUCGUGGCCCUAAUGCAAAAAAGACACUCGCCACCGAUCUCUACAAAACCCUCAAUGGCAUGGGAUUGAGGGUUUUUCUUGAUUCCCAAGAGCUCGAAUUGGGGGAUUUCUUGCCUACAGAAAUAGAAGAAGUAAUGCGCACGGCUUCGCUUCAUAUAGCUAUACUUUCUCCGAGGUAUGCACAAUCCCCAUGGUGUUUGGCGGAGCUUUCAUUUAUGCUUAAAACACGUACUCCAAUUGUCCCUAUUUUCUAUCAUAUUGAGCCUGCUGAUGUCCGACAUGCGAAAGGAGUUUAUGCUGAGGCAUUUUCAGAGUACCAAAAGAAGGGUAGGUAUACCUCAGAAAAACUUCAGGAGUGGAAGAACGCGCUCAACAAUGUUUCAUAUAAUGUUGGUGGCAUCAUUCAUAAUGAAGAUGAUGAGGGGAGCCUGCUCAAGAGUGUUAUUAAUCAUGUUUUGAAGAUGAUAAAAAAUGUCUCAUUUGUGGUUGCCAAACAUCCGAUUGGCCUAGAUGAAGCUGUCAUGGACUUUGAAAGGACAUUUCAAUCUGAAGAAAGCUCUCACACUCUGCAAAUUGUGGGAAUUUGGGGCAUGGGAGGUUCUGGCAAAACUACUCUUGCCAAACAAUUCUUUAACAAUAAAUACACAACUAUGGAAAAGUCUAGUUUUCUCUUUGAUGUUAGAGAAGUGGCUUCGAAAAGUGUAUUGCACAAUAAACAAAAAAAGCUCUUAGAGGACCUUGGUCUCCAUGGUCUAUCACUUGACAAUAUAGAAGAAGGGAAGGGAAUUCUUGCCAAUCGUUUGAGAUCUGUUCGAGUGCUGAUCAUUCUAGAUGAUGUGGACAAUGAAGAUCAAUUAGAUGCUCUAGUACCUAAUAAGAUCAGUCUUGGAUGUGGUAGUUUGAUUGUAGUUACUACAAGAGAACUUGAAGUUCUUCAACAUUGGGGCAUUUCAUCCAUUUAUAAAAUGAAACUACUAGAUCCACCUCAUGCCAAGCAACUGUUUUGUUGGCAUGCUUUCUUGAAGCCUACUCCAUUCCAAGAGUUUGAAGAUCUGGUUGAAAGCUUUCUAAAUGUUUGCAAUGGAUUACCAUUGUCUUUAAAGAUUUUUGGAGCACAGUUAUAUGGUAAAUCUAGCAAAGAUUAUUGGAAGACUCAAUUGCAUAAGAUCUCUAGGAUACUACAUAAAGAUGUCAAGGAUAGACUAAAAAUAAGUUAUGAAGCAUUAGAUGAUGAAGCGAAGCAGAUAUUCUUAGAUACUGCAUGUUUCUUCAUUGGAGAGAAGAAAACUUUAGCACUUGCAGCUUGGGAUGGAUUAGGGUGGAGUGGCCUGCAUAGCUGUGAAAGACUUUUGAAUAAGUGUUUCAUUGAACUUGAUGAUGAUGACUGUGUACGAAUGCAUGACCAUUUAAGAGAUUUCGGAAAAGAAAUUGUAAAUCAUCAGUCACCGUACCGUCUCUGGUCUACCCAGCAGAUUAUUAAUAUUGAUAGUGAAACACAGAGAAUUGGCAUUCGGGGAAUAAUGGCCACACCAACUGGCUGCACAAGCGAGAUUGAGGAGAUAUCUCUAUGUUCCCAGGGAAGGAAGAUCAUAGUUAACACAAACAGAGGAUAUAAUUUUCUCACACCCUCUUUGCUUGGAUUGAAAUUUUUUCAUGCUAGAGGAAAUCAUUAUAAUCAGGUGAUCGCUGAUUUUAAAGAUCUGGUAUGGCUUCGCUGGUUUGACACUGGGAAUAACAAUCUGGGUUCACUAGGUUCUUUGAAAAACUUGAGGGUUUUAGAACUCUAUAAAAAAAUAUUCUCGAACCAUUUCUCAGAAGAACUGUGGGAGACUGACGGUGAUGCUCCUGUGAAGCUAAGAGAGUUGGUUAUUUCUGAAUGCUAUAAUUUCCAGAGAUUUCCAAAGUCAAUAAGAUUCCUCAGGGAUUUGAAGAAACUAGUUCUGACAAACAAAUAUGGGAACAAGAUGAAGAACCUACCAGAAGAAUUUUGCCUUCUCCAAUCAUUGGAGCAUCUGGAAUUAUCUGGGUGUCAAAAGCUAUCAUCAUUACCCAGCAUUUUUGGCCAAUUGAGAAACCUUAGACAUCUUGAUUUGCCCGGUUGUGAGGAACUGAAGAGGCUGCCAGUCUCUUUUAAGGAGCUCACCCUCCUGCAACACCUCAACUUAAAGGGAUGUUCUAAACUCACCUUAGAGUCAGAUAUUCUAGAAAAUAUGAUGAAUCUUGAGCAUUUAGACCUUUCCAACUGUGAGCGAUUGGAACAGUUACCUCGUCACAUCACAAAUCAGGUGUCUUCGAGAAAACUUCAUUUAUGUGGCAUCUGCAUGUUAAGGGAGAUACCAAUGAACAUCAGUCAGCUGAGCAAGUUGAAAGUGAUGGAGAUCGGGAGUGAGUUGCUCACAAGUUUGCCGACAUCUCUUGGAGAUUUGAGCUCCUUGACUACUCUUAUGAUUAGGGAAUGUCCCAAGCUGCAAUAUAUACCAGACUCUCUAGGGCAUCUUAAUCUCUUAGAAUAUUUAGAGAUUUCGAAUUCAGGAGUGAAAUCUUUACCACAAUCAGCAGGGCAACUGGAUAAUCUUCAAAGACUGGGUAUUUUUGGGUGCCCGAUCGGCGAAUUGGAUCUCCGGGCGUGGUUGUUUGCUUCUUCUCUCUGCAGCCUUAAGCUGAUAAAUUUGUCUAGAACAGAAGUGUCCAAGAUUUCCAUCCCUCGGGACUGUUGUCCAGGCCUUCGGACUAUCUUCAUUGACUAAAAUAAACAUCUAACGAAGAUAGAAGUUCUACCAAGUACAGUGAAGAGCAUAAGAUUGAUGGAGUGUAAAAUGGUGAGGAGCAUAUGGGGUAUUGAUGGUCUGGUAAAUAUGCAAUGGCUGAUGAUAACUGAUUGCCCCAAGUUAGAUGCGCUUCCCAAUUUUGCCCAAUUUUCAUCUCUCCGAGUAUUUGAACUCAGAGGCUGCUACAGAGUUAAGAAAAUACAUGGCUUGGAGCAUUGCACAGCUUUGGAGGAGCUGACAGCAGAAACGAGGUGGAAGGAGGCGGGCAUAGAAUGUUUGGAGCGCAUGGAAAGAUUGAGGAUUGUGAAUCUCACAGUGACCAACAGAUCAGGUGUUGAAGGUUGCAUUCAAAGCAUGCAGAAAUUGCCAGACGAAAUUCUGAUAUGUACGCGUGCAGUCCCUGAUGCGAGUUCAUUUGUAAACUUUGUCUCUAACUAUCUCUCUGUCAUCGACUCAAAUGAUAAGCAGAAUAUGAGUUCCAAUGCCCAUGGAACUCUGGUAUGCUUUGUUGUGGAAUGCCAAUCUCCUAAAACAAAUUUGCUGUUAAUGGGCGGUAAUGUGGGCUGUUACAAGAGAAUAUCUUGGCGGAGGUGGAGAAGGGUAAAUGGGUAUGGAUAGCCCUGUUCUCACAAUUUUCCGAGUGGCACAAUCAAAAGGUGUACCAUGUAUCCACAUCACCAAGGAGCUUGGAAGGAGCAUUCUCAAUCCCCAUAAGACAUCAAAAAGCAACAAUACCGCUAAGCUUUAACAUGUCACAAAGCCCACUGAACAUCAUAAGCACAAUCCCUUCAUAUGAGGUGGAAAUAGCAUAUGCUGUGGGGGCAAAAAUGGAGAGGCUUGUGGAGGCUUUCAAAUUCUUAUGGCAGACAG